AUGGACCUUUCGGAAGCAAUGGAAGUGGAGAAUGGUUCGUCCGCUAAUCAGAAGCAUGUGCAAAUAACAUUUUUCAGCAAGAACGAAGAAGUUGCUGAAAUUCCUGAUGCAGUGUUCGAUGUCCCAACGGCAGCAGAGAGCGAUGAUCUGAAUCUUCUUCUCAACAAAACUAUCGAGGCCAACGAUGAUAAGUGGAAAGAUCAGCGAUUCGAGUUUUUGGUUGGUGAAACAUUUUUGAGAACAAGUCUCGCUGAGUUCAUUGAGGAAUAUGAAGUGGAAACAGAAACCAUUCUGAAAGUGGAAUGUGUGAUCGGAAUUGAAGCUCCGAAACCACUUCACGACAUUCAAGCUCCAGAUUGGGUGUCUUCCGUUCAAAUUGCCAAUGGACAUAUUUUCUCGACAACUUACGGUGGAGAUAUUGUCAUUGUCGAUCGUAAGGGAAAAGAGACUAAAUUGGCUGUGAACUCUGCGAAUCGUUUGCUGAAAUGCAGUUCUAUUGUAACUACACCUUCUAAGAAAACUCAAUUGGAUGGCACCGAGUUCAUCGUUGGAGGUGAGAAUCAACUUUUGACUCUCUACGGAAUCGAGAAAGGUGAUCUCGUUGAAAAGAUCGUAUUCCGUGGUCACGAGCGAGCAGUCGAGUGCGUUGCCGUGAAUUCGGAUUCGACACGUGCCAUUUCCGGAUCUGUUGACACCAAUUUGAAAGUGUGGAAUUUGGAAGCUUCUGAUGAGGCAACAAUUUACGAGAAAGAAGAUGACGAAAGCGCGAAGAAACGUCGUAAGAAAGAUACUAAAACGAAAGUACCAAUGGUGACCAUCGGAGGACAUCGAGACAAAGUUUCUACCGUUGAAUGGUGCCCAUGGAAAACAGGUCACGCAUUCUCUUGCUCUUGGGAUCAUACCGUUGUCGAAUGGGAUUUGGAAUUGGCUGGUGAGGUAUCACGAAUCAAGGGACCUAAAUCGUUUACAAGCAUCGAUAUUCAUCCAACCAGCUGUCUCCUUAUCUCCAGCUGUACUGACGCUGUUCCAAGAUUAUAUGAUCCAAAAAAUCGAGAUGGAACCAUGGUAAAGCAAUCGUUCAUCGGUCAUCAAAACGGAUGGGUCGAAUGUGUCAAAUGGAAUCCAUUGGAUACAAACCAGUUUGUUAGUGUUUCAACAGACAAGACAGCUAAAAUGUGGGAUGUCCGCUCAUCGAAAUCAUCGCUGUUUGAUAUUCAUGGACACGAAGAUCGUAUUCUCUGUGCCGCCUGGAAUGAAGGGCUCAUCGCCACCGGAUCCGCUGAUUGCACCAUCAAAGUCUUUGAAACUGCCUAA